UUUGCUCUUCAUGCUGGUAUCAUUGAUCAAGCCACUGCAGAUGCUGCUAAUAAAAUGUACCCUGCCUGCAGAGAUUUAAUUAUAGCUAAAAAGUAUGAGGAAGCCUAUGACAAGUGUGAGAAAAUGUCUGACUUUAUACUAAAUGAAGCACAGAAGAAGCUAGGAAGAAGCAUCAAUCCUUAUGAUAUCAAACUAGACUGUCCUGUCCCUGGCUGCUUUGACAUUUCUAAUUUAACUUCUUUUCUCAAUCGUUCUGAUGUACAUGAAGAUCUUGGAGUUGGUACACACCAAUGGCAAAUGUGUAGUGAACUGGUUGAAAAAAAUCUCAUUAAUGAUGAAGUUUUGAGCUUCAAGUCUGCCCUUUCAAUGGUUUUACAAGAAAAGAAAAGAGUGUUGAUAUACAGUGGGAAAUGGGACUAUGUCUGCAAUUACUUUGGAGGAAGAGCAUGGACUAAACUAGUGGAAUGGGAAGGAAAAAACCAGUUCAAUUCAGCAAGCUACAAAUCAUGGAUAGUAGAUGGUGCAAUUGCUGGUGAAGUGAAGGCUUAUAGUGAUUUGACUUUGUUGGAGGUUGACAAUGCAGGGCAUCAAGUACCAAUGUUUGUACCUAAACAGGCCCUUGAUAUACUGGACAGGUUUAUCAAGAACAAACCUUUUGCUGCUUCUUAACUUAUUGCAGUGAUAAUACUAAUUUAUAUUUGCCAAUGUGUACAUAAAAUUAAUGCUUAGCUAUUUGCUCAACUGCUUUUAUUACAAUUGUCAUUUAACUUGUAAAAAUUCUCUGAGAGAAAUAUGCAGCUUUUCUUUGCUGUACUCUG